AUGAGUACUCCUGCACUGUCAUCAACCGCCGCUUCUUCCUUCGCUUUGUUGUCUUCUGUGGGUGCGAUAACGAUUUCGAGGCCGAAGGUUCCGUGUAAACGAAGGAGACAACUGAGAGCGAUACCACAACGAGCGGCGCUUGUGGAGGCGAGACCUCAAUCCGUGCCUGCAAUUAGAGAGGGUAAUGGCGGCAAUAAUGGUUCCAUUCCAGUUCUGCGACCGGGAGGGGACUCCUCUGUUCCUUCUUUCAGGGAUCGGGCCGACGAUAUGCAAGCGGAGGCGAGGGCCAUGGCCCGUGCCGUCAAUGCGACUGUCUACAGCCCCGAACUUCUUUUCAGCAAAUACGGCUCGCGCCCCAUUAAGGCACUGCGAAGGACUCUCGAAAUUCUUAUUUCCCUCGGCUCAUUUGCCUUCAAACUGUGGCGGGACGAGUUAAACGGCCAGCUCGAUCAGAACAAGAGAUUGCGAGCCGUUGAGCUGAGGAAUGUUUUCACGACAUUGGGGCCUACUUUUGUCAAAAUAGGCCAGGGAUUGUCCACCAGGCCCGAUCUGUGUCCACCUGAGUACCUCGAAGAGCUCUCACAACUACAGGAUGCUUUGCCGACAUUUCCCAAUGCAGAGGCAUUUUCAUGUAUUGAAAAAGAGUUAGGACUCUCGCUUGACUCCAUCUACUCUUCAAUAUCUGCAUCUCCAAUUGCUGCAGCUAGUCUAGGUCAAGUUUACAAAGCCCAGCUGAAGUACUCUGGGCAGGUUGUUGCUGUGAAGGUACAACGGCCUGGUAUUGAAGAAGCCAUAGGACUAGACUUUUACCUGAUAAGGGGUCUCGGAUUCCUCAUAAAUAAAUAUGUUGACAUAGUUUCCAGUGAUGUUGUUGCUCUUAUUGAUGAAUUUGCUCGUCGAGUUUAUCAAGAGCUCAAUUACGUUCAGGAGGGGCAGAACGCAAGGAGGUUUAAAAAGUUGUAUGCUGACAAACAAGAUGUCCUUGUCCCAGAUAUAAUAUGGGAUUACACUAGCGGGAAAGUAUUGACGAUGGAGUGGGUUGAAGGUGUCAAAUUAAAUGAGCAAGAUGCCAUUGAGAGACAAGGUUUGAGAGUUUUGGAUCUGGUAAACACUGGUAUUCAGUGCAGUCUAAGACAGUUGCUUGAGUAUGGGUACUUUCAUGCAGAUCCUCAUCCUGGUAAUCUGUUAGCGACACCUGAGGGAAAGCUUGCCUUUCUAGAUUUUGGAAUGAUGAGUGAAACCCCAGAAGAAGCAAGAUUUGCUAUAAUUGGUCAUGUUGUUCACAUGGUUAACCGGGACUAUGAAGCUAUGGCUCGUGAUUACUAUGCUUUAGAUUUUUUGUCCCCUGAUGUAGAUGUUUCUCCUAUUGUACCAGCACUUCGGAACUUCUUUGAUGAUGCACUCAAUUCAACUGUGAGCGAACUCAACUUCAAAACGCUGGUGGAUGGUCUGGGUGCUGUUCUGUAUCAAUAUCCAUUUAACGUGCCAGCUUAUUAUGCAUUGAUAUUGAGGUCGCUUACUGUUCUAGAAGGUUUAGCCCUGUAUGCUGAUCCUAAUUUUAAGGUGUUGGCUGCUUCCUAUCCAUAUUUCGCUAAAAGGCUUCUUACAGAUCCAAAUCCGUAUCUCAGAGAUGCUCUUAUUGAGUUACUUUUUAAGGAUGGGAGGUUCAGAUGGAAUAGACUUGAAAACCUGCUCGUCCAAGGGAAAAAGGAUAGAGACUUUUCUGCUAAGGAUGCUUUGCAACCUGUCCUGAAGUUGUUGUUGGGUCCGGAUGGUGAAGAACUUAGGGCUUUAGUUAUUAAGGAGGCUGUCCGUGUCACCGAAGCUAUCAUUUUGGGCUCGGUCAUUGGUACAUACAACUCUAUUCCUGGUCUUAUGAGGACUCUUAUAUUCAACGGCAAUGAAACUGGACUUUUAGUAAUGAGCAAUACUGAACAAGAAAGCAUGAUGGAGCUUAGAGAACAAGUUCUGAGGAUAUGGGUGCUUCUGCAAUCUUCUGAGAAUUUUGACCCUACUUUUUUGCAGCCCAUUAUACAGCCCUAUAAGAGGGUUAAAUCUCAAUAUACUGAAGGUGAGAUAUCAAACGGCAAAUGA